CCUGGCCGCAGUCGCCACCGGGAUACGGGUGCGAAUCGGGGUCGAGCUGCGAGCCCCAAGUGUAUACAACCUCUCGGGCUGGACCCGCCCAGGGUGCGGAGAGAGCCCAGCUCCAAGUGGUGGCUCUCAGAAGAGGGCUCAGGGCUGGCUUCCAGCCUCUGCGGGCAAGCGCGGAGUGGAUCCCAUUCCGCAGUUCAUCCCGGCCGCGGUGGGGACCUCCGGAGAACGUGGAGCUCAGACGCGGCGACUGCAACUCACUCACGGGAACAACAAGUCAUUUCAACUUCAAAGACUCCCAAGGUUGCCAUCCUGGAACCGGGCUGGAAAGCGAUAGGGAGGGAGUGAGACCAUUAUUUUCCAUUCGCUUUACAAUUUCAAAGGAUUCGAAGAGAAUAUAAAAUGGCAGAGGUUUAAAGUUCAUAUUCAGGAUGAAUGAUGAUAAUUCAGGCAAGACAGAAGAUGAGUUGUAUUGUGUAUUUGUCAGGGAUCAAAACGGGAACACACCUGAAUAUGACACACAAUGCCCUUCAGCGAGUCCCGGGGAUUGGAACGCUGCUAACCCAGAUGACAUGGUGGUGGACUAUGAGAUGGAUCCGGCCGUGGACGGCAGUGAAAGUGUUUCUUUAAGCCAUCAGCGUGUAGAAGCAAUUGAUUACCCAGAACCUUCAAGUGGUUUCAUUAGUAAGCCCGGGUUUGGAAUGCAUAGCGAUCCUACCCAUCAGUCCUCUGCACUCAGUACGGUGACGCCCCCGAACCUGCAUAGUAAGCUGGAUUCCCUAGAGGCACCCCAGGAAGAGAGGUUUGAGCCCUCUCUGGCCGGUGUGUGCAAAUCUGAUGAUGGUUUCGACUGUGCAGACUCCACUGCCCCUUUGGAGCUAAAACAGACAUUUGACAUGAAAUCGGAUGCAACUAACUGCACCAUGAUAGCACGCCAUUCUAUUGAACGGGGUCAGCCUUUCCAUGCUCCUGGAGGUCUGCUGCCAACGACUGUGGGGGGUGGAAACACGCUGCUGUCCUGCCCCAUGUGGACAUCACCCCAGCCCUCUGAGAUGCGUGUGAGAGGAACUCAUAACAGUGAGGGCUUUGAAAAGCUUCAAGCCCCGCCCCCAGAGGCUCUAAACACAACCUGCAGGGUAUGUUCUGAUGUGCCGAUGCAAACUGAUGGUGCAGACAUUGGAAUUCCGUGCCAGGAGUCUUUAGGAAAUGUUACCAAAGAGUACCCAGAUGGGCCAGAGCAAGGACUCGUUGGAGACAAAGAGAUCCAAGCUGUGACACCAGUUUCUGAUGGCAUGGAGGUUCCCAGUGGGUCUGUAUUACAGGAGUUCCAUUGUGUAUCUAAAGAUGAACCAAACAGUGAGACUCAUUCACACGGCUCAUAUGGUCAACAGGAAAUGGGCCAAAGCCUGAGAGGAACACCGUGCAACCGUCACGUUGAUGACGAAUGCCCUUCACUGGUGCCAGCUUUUGAUAAAAGUAAAACCAGCGUCCUGGACUCUGAGUGCAAAGUCACUACGACGGAAAACCUGCAUUCUGCCUCUCAUGACAAUAACUCAGAAAUCCAAAAGAGUGCUGAAGAGCUGACCCUAAGAAGUGCUCCAGGGCAGAGGUUUUCACUGUGUGAGAUGGCUUGGGAUGGAAAUGGUAGAGCCAUUAGCACAAAGCAUACGGUUUGCACGUCAACACCAGUUCAGGACACCCCCAGUGUAAGCCUUACGCUUUCCUCUGUUGAUGCGACAGAGAGGUGCAAUCUCCUGGAGAAAAGUCCAAGAGAUGCUGAGACCGUGCCAAACUUGAAAGGGACACCCGUGAAUGCGCCAAAGCCUAAUCUGGGAAAAUCGGCUACCAAAACGAAUUCCACCGUAAGUAGCAAAGUUAGGAAAACAGAAAUUAUAAGUUACCCAAGGCCAAACUUCAAGAACAUUAAGGCCAAAGUUAUAUCCAGAUCAGUGCUGCAACCCAAAGAUGCUUCUGCAAUGAGCGGUACACCCAAGCCUCAGAUUGCUGGGGUCUCCUCAGCCCCUCCAGUGCCUUCUAAACAGUUGACUGCUAUGAACAGAAAACCGAGAUCCGAUUUGAAUGCAGACAAAAAGGCAGAGAUCCUAAUUAACAAGACAGACAAGCAACAGUUUAAUAAACUCAUUACCAGUCAGGCUGUGCAUGUUUCAACUCAUUCUAAAAACGCUUCGCUCAGGGUUCCAAGAGCAACAUCUGCCGCGAAAUCGAACCGGGAGGAUGUUGACAAGACUUCAGCGUCUUCUCACGCAGCGAGCGAGACUGGAUCCGUAGCUGCGUUUUUCCAGAAGAUCAAAGGCAUUCUCCCAGGGAAAAUGAAAAGUUCAGAGUGUUUGGAAGUAACGCUUGUUUCCCACAUCGAUCGGAUUAGCCCUGAAAAGAGUGAAAAGGACUGCGAGGCUCCGACGGAAAAGCAAGAGCUGGGAAAGCCAACCAUCGACGAGACUUCAGAAUGCAAGCCCCCGUUUGUGGAUUCUGCACCCAAAACAGCCACCACCCUAGGAAGAAACAUUUCCAAGCCCGACCCCUGCAGCCUGAGGAAAGCAACAGGUCUCAAAGCCAAAGUGGGGCCGGCUGUCUCCUGCCUGAGGAGGAAGAAUGACAGCAGAAUCCUAGGCUCCGACAGGGCCUUAUCGCCUCAGAGAAUCAGGCGUGUGUCCAGCUCUGGUGGUAAUGCUGUCAUCAAGUAUGAAGAGAAACCUCCCAAACAAGCAUUUCAGAAUGGAUCAGGAUCCUUAUAUCUGAAGCCUUUGGUGCCCAGAGUUCAUGCACACUUGCUCAAAACUCCUCCAAAAGGUCCUUCGAGAAAAAGUCUAUUUACAGCUUUUAAUUCAGUUGAGAAAGGCCGGCAGAAGAAUCCCAGAAGCCUGUGCAUCCAGACCCAGACGGCCCCGGAUGUGCUAUCCUCCGAAAGAGCACUUGAGUUGGCGCAAUACAAAACAAAAUGUGAAAACCAAAGUGGAUUCAUCUUACACCUCAAGCAGCUUCUUUCCUGCGGCAAUACCAAGUUUGAAGCAUUAACGGUUGUGAUCCAGCACCUCCUGUCCGAGCGGGAAGAAGCUCUGAAGCAACACAAAACCCUCUCUCAGGAACUCAUCAACCUCCGGGGAGAGCUAGUCGCAGCUUCAAGCACCUGUGAGAAGCUGGAAAAGGCCAGGAAUGACUUACAAACAGCAUAUGAAGGAUUUGUCCAGAAACUAAACCAGCAACACCAGACGGACCGGACAGAACUGGAGAACCGGCUGAAGGAAUUCUACACAGCAGAGUGCGAGAAGCUUCAGAACAUCUACAUCGAGGAGGCAGAAAAGUAUAAGACCCAGCUGCAGGAGCAGUUUGACAACUUAAACGCUGCCCAUGAAACCACGAAGCUGGAAAUCGAGGCUAGCCACUCGGAGAAAGUAGAGUUGCUGAAGAAAACCUAUGAGACCUCCCUUUCAGAAAUCAAGAAAAGCCAUGAAAUGGAAAAGAAGUCUCUUGAGAAUCUACUUAAUGAGAAGCAGGAAUCUCUAGAGAAACAAAUCAAUGACCUGAAGAGUGAAAACGAUGCUCUGAAUGAAAAGUUGAAAUCCGAGGAACAGAAGCGAAUAUCCAGAGAGAAGGUGAACUCGAAAAACCCUCAGGUCAUGUAUCUGGAGCAAGAACUCGAAAGCCUGAAAGCCGUGUUAGAGAUCAAGAAUGAGAAGCUGCAUCAGCAGGACAUGAAGCUGAUGAAGAUGGAAAAGCUGGUGGACAACAACACGGCACUGGUCGACAAACUGAAGCGAUUCCAGCAGGAAAACGAGGAGUUGAAAGCGCGAAUGGACAAACACAUGGCCAUUUCCAGGCAACUUUCCACAGAGCAGGCAGCGCUGCAGGAGUCCCUGGAGAAGGAGUCAAAGGUCAACAAGAGACUAUCCAUGGAGAACGAGGAGCUACUGUGGAAGCUGCACAACGGGGACCUGUGCAGCCCCAAGAGAUCCCCCACAUCCGCGGCCAUCCCUUUCCAGUCCCCCAGGAAUUCGGGUUCCUUCUCCAGCCCCAGCAUCUCGCCCAGAUGACGCUUCCGGAACACGGCAGAGUCUCCGAAGUCUCUGAGGUGCACUUCUGCAGGACUGACCCUUUCGUGGGAACAAGAGUUGAACUAGCUUUCUGGAAUUUCCACAGGAUAACUGGAAAGCAGCCACCACCGUAUCAGCUACUUACGAGUCGGGGGCUCUGGGGGAAGACUUUUAACUUGGUCCAAAAGCCUCCUCCGAAAAUAGAUUUUGGAAUCGGUGUGGACACAGUUGCACAAAGCACUUACGGAACAAGGGAAACUUGUUCUUUUGCCUUCCUUCACCUAAGCAUAAGGGGAAACUCUCAGGGGCCUAUUAAGAUAAAGAUUUAUAACCUUUAUAAUAUUCUUCACCAGAGACACCUUCUUGUGAUUUUUUUUUAAAUUUCAUUUUGACUGUGGGCAGGGGUGUGUGUGCGUGUGGAUGAAAUGGGUGUACUGGUGUGUUACAUGACUGUCACAGCCCUCUCUGCUGUGUAUUAAAAGUCAACAGCUGAAUAUAGCUGGCUCUGUAUUACUCAAGUUAUAACCAGUGUCCACAUGUCAACAGAAGCCAUAGAAGAGAAAGCAAUAGUCCUUGAGUUACCACCGACUCCACUCGGCACUGUGACAUGGCAGGGCUAGGCUGUGACAGGAAGAGCCUUUUGAUUUGUUGAUGUGUGUACAUUUCUGUUAGUGUUUUGGUGUUUAGUUUUGUCAGUUGAUACUGGUUUUCCUUUGCCUGUAGAUUUUUAUGAGCCUAGUUACUAUACCCCGAUCCAUUUUCUCAGGCUACGCGCUAAUUUUUCUAAACACAAAUCUGUAUAAAGAACAGGGGGCAGUACCAACGGUGGUUUCCGCCUUAUUUUCACCUUGAAUCCAAGCUGUCUGCGCAGAGGUCAGUUUUCAUCUGCUCUCCCCCCAUUGUCCACAUCUGCCUCUCCUCCCCCCAUCUAGAGUCACAGAAGCAAACCUCCUACCUCUUUUCCCUUAUUACAGAGUGCUUCUCCAGAGCCAGCUCAUCUCCGAGGUGCUGAACCCAUAAGCCAACAUCUGUAUCCGAGAGUACAAAUUUUGGAAACACGUAGGGAAGUCAGUAAAGGUGGCCUUCAGCAUGUACGAAUGGCCAGAAGCACCUCGUUAAGCCAACGAUUCGUGUUUAAGAGGACCAGAGUCUGAGCGGUGAUGCUGACCUGAGGGCCCCUUUGAGCAUGCUUCCUGUCACUGAAGGGUCAGCCAAAGAGUGAGAAAAGUGGCUUAGGCGACUCCUCCACACUGCAUUUGAUUUUCCUUUCAGAAUUUCACUUACCGCCUCCCCAGACUCUAAGACGCUGGGAAAGGUAGAGGGGAUAGAUGUGGCUCGCCAUCCCCGCUUGCCCAUAUGUGUCAGCACCAUGAUGUCAGUAUUUAUGAACCCGCGUCCAAUGGCUGGCUUAAUAACCCCCGGAGUUAGGACAGAUCCGGGAUGCUAGAGGUGGCUAUCCGAGUUGUAGCAGGCCUGUUCACUGCGUAGUUAAGUGAUAUUCAUGACGCAUGCUCUUAUUAGUGGUUGUGUUGAAGUCUCUAAUCGCCAAUAGUUUAUGAUGUACGUAACCUUCCAUGUUUGCUUCUGAUAAUAGGCUGUAGCGUCAUUGCCAACUCCUAGAAUAUCUCUGCUCCUGCUCCCACGUUGUUCCCAGCGACAUUAGCCAAAGUUGGGUUUAUCAUUUAUGCUCUAGUUAUGAUAAAAUUUCAUGCGAUUCCCUGCCAUCCUCUAGACAUCCCCCAGACAUUUCAGUGUCUGUGAAGUCACUCUUACAGCAGUUAAAAUGCCUUCAGAGGGUAGAAGACGAGAGAAGAUAGGAAACAAAAUAGAGAGCUUUCAAGGUUUGUUUUUUUUUUUUUAAACGUUUCAUGUGGGAUGCAAAACUGUUGACACAUCGUAAAAAUGAGGCUGUGUGAACAACUGUAGUUUGUAGCGACGGAAAGUGUAUUUUACUUUGAUCAAAUAAAUAACGCUGAAAUAUUCACUGUAAGGAUGGCAGCCUCUACAUACUUCACUCUUCAAAGCAUUAAGUUAUGUUAUAAACACCCUUCUCAACACUCAUCAGCUCAGACAGGCCCCUACGCUAGUGUACAGAACUCCCAACCCAGUGCCAGUGUUUGUCGUGGGCUGAGAUUGACUUGCGCAGAGCUUGAGUUUACCGGUUAAGCUUUUCAAAAUUCAAAUGCUGAAUUUUGGCUAGUCGAAGCAAAUUUCUUCUGCAUGGUGUAAGAAAAUUGGAACGGCUGCGGUCUCAAGUCCUUUUGAAGACAGAUCUAGCCAAAGCUGAACCUUCCUUACUCUGUUCAUCUAUGUUAUGUUAAAGGCUAAAUUGUUUGAGAAAUUUAAAAUGAGUACUUUCAGUGUGGCAAUUUAAUGUAAAAAUGUGUGAUUUUUGAUACCUUUAUAAAUGAACUCACUUUAGCUUUGAUAAAGUGGCAUAUCUAAGCACUUGGA